AUGCGCUCCAAAUUUAAAGACGAGCAUCCUUUUGAGAAACGCAAAGCCGAGGCCGAACGCAUUAGGCAAAAGUACCCUGACCGAAUUCCAGUCAUUUGCGAAAAGGUGGAAAAAAGCGACAUUCCAACCAUUGACAAGAAAAAGUACCUGGUUCCUUCGGACCUGACUGUUGGCCAGUUCGUUUAUGUCAUACGCAAGCGGAUUAAACUUAGCCCAGAGAAAGCUAUCUUCAUUUUUGUCAACGAGAUUCUCCCACCAACAGCAGGCUUAAUGAGUGCAAUUUACGACGAGCAUAAGGAUGAGGAUGGAUUUUUAUACAUAACCUAUUCCGGCGAAAACACUUUUGGCUCAUGUUGA